AUGCUCAUGUGCGUGGACAUCUAUGUGUGCAACUUCAUCAAGGACAUCCUUUGCCUGCCGCGGCCGAUCAGCCCGCCGGUCGUCCGUCUGGACAGCGGCCAGGGCUACAGUCGGGAGUAUGGCUUCCCCUCGGCACACUCGAUCAAUGCCCUGAAUAUGCCCCUCUAUGCGGUGCUCUAUUGGGUGGCUCAUGCGUCCCUGUCGAUCGAUGGGUCCGGCGAGUACUCCCUUUCGGCCGGUGUGGAUAGCCUCGGCUGGCUGCCGGUCGGUCUCGCCACCCUGGCCUCCCUGACCUUCACCCUGACCAUCGGCGCGUCGCGCAUCUACACCGGCAUGCAUUCGCUCACCGAUGUGGCCGGCGGCCUCAUCCUCGGCAUGGUCAUUUCCUACUUCUGGCAAUUUGCCUACCCGGCGGUCGAUGCCUUUGUCUUCUCGGCCGCCGGCCCGGCGGUCUUCCUGCUGGUGGCCAUCGCCCUGGCCGGCAUGCACCCGAACCCCAUCGAUCCCACCCCCUCCUUCGCCGACACCGUGUCCUUCCUCUUUACCGUGGUCGGGGUCAAUGCCGGAAGCCACAUGUACCACAACCUGGCCCAGGUCCCCGGAUCGGUGCUGGCCGGCGAGCGCGAUGUCCUGCUCAGCUUCCUGGCCCACCGGCACUCUUCGCAUCCCCUCUCCUGGAUGGCUUCCGCUCUGGCCGGCAUGUGGCCCGGCACGGUGCCCUUCAGCAUGGAGUACCAUGGCCUGAUGAAGGCCCUCCUGCGUGUGAUCUACGGCCUGGCGGUGGUGUUCAUCUCCCGGGCCCUUGCCCGCGAGGGGUCCAAGAUCCUCCUCCGCCUGGUCUACCGCAGCCUCGGCCUGCCGGAUGACAGCCGCCAAACCGACACCUCCCAGGACAAGGGCAAGGUCCCGUCCGUGGUCCGUGCCACAGCUGCCGCUGGAUCCGUCAGCUUCUACAAGAUUUCCCGCCUCGGGGUGGACUCCGUCUCGCGGGCCUUCGCCUACACCGUCAUGGGCUGGUUCAUCACCUGCUUCAUCCCGGCCUCCUUCCCCUACAUCGGCCUUUGA